AUGAGAUCAGACCAGAGAGAAGAACAGACAAGGGGAAUCUGCAGAGCACUGUUCCACAGACAAGGAGGCAGCACGUUCACUAGGUAAGCAUUUCUGCCCAUUCAUUUCUAUGCAAUGUAAAUCUUCCGUGGAGAGACAGUGGAGUUUAGGGAUCUCAGAUGUCUCUGUAUAUGGGUAUAUCAUUCUGUUUUGUGACCCAGAAUGUUCACUCUGUAAGCCCAGGACAAUUGAACAAGAAUGGGCUUCUGUGUUCUUUCCCUGUGUGAAUAAUAAUUUAAAAAACCAUUUUCGAUCUCUGUGCAAUGUAAGCAUAUUUUAGAAAAUCCUUGAAAAUGCACAGAUCUUCUGUGCAGGCUCAAAUUAUGGGUGAAUUUCACUCUAGUGAUGUCAAGAAAGGCUACCAUUAUGUCCACACCAAUAUUAUUACAAUGAUUGGGACUCUGCAGUUACAACGUCCCAUCACAUCUGCAUCUUCUCAGUGUCACAGUCCACUUUUGUACCUGAUAAAUUAAAUCCUUACCUAUAAAAGCUGAUGCCUCAUUAAAACAGAGUCUCUGGCACAUACGUAUUGCUUUUCUAUACACUUAGCUCUUCUGCACUUUCCUUGCUUGUAGUUAUAGCCCCCUCCAUUGCCUAAAUGGUCUUCUGAGCAGUUUAUAAGAAUAGAAACCAUUUUAAAGCAACUAUCACAUUGCAAUGAGGGCUGUGUUUAAUUUUGGACAGAAGGUCAAAUCCAAAUAUGACUUUUUAUUUUAUCAUUUUUGGAAAGCUACUUGCAUUCCCACAUUCGCCCCCUCCCCCCCCAUCCCUUACAACAGGUAUGGGGAAGCUGUGACCCUCCAAAUGUUAUUGCUGGAUUCCAGCUCCCAUUAUCCAUGACCAUUGGCCAAGCUGGUUGGGACUGAUGGGAGUUGUAGUCCAGCAAUACCCAGGGGGUCACAGAAUCCCCAUUAUCAUUCACUGUUCCCAGAGUUUCUAUGUCCCAUUCUAAGUAGCAGGCACUGCAGUAGAGAAGGGAAAUAACAAACUCCACAUUAUCAUGUAAUGCAUCUUCUUUAAUUAAAAUCACCCGGGAGAUCUGCAAGGCAAUGUGAAUUGGCAGCAGCCACACAUUUGUGAUGCUAUGUCGUUUAGCCCCAACACUAAAGCUAUAUCCAGGCAUUUGCCUGAGCACGCAAAAUGUUAAACCAGGGAAAUGUUAAACUGCUGAUGAGGGCAGGGGCAUGCAUGAACUUAAGUACCAUCCCCAGUGUCCUCAGGCACAAGCAGGUUGUGCUUCAGAUCUUUGCAUGAUUAGCAUGAAGGUCUGAGAAACCUCCAUAAGAGUGAGAAUCCUGACUUACCACCGUUUCUGAUCAUGGGGAGAGUUUCUGCUGACUGAACAUGGCUAAUGUGCGUGGCACUUCACAGAGCACAAUAGCACAGGUCCCAGCUGCCCCAAGGAACAUACAAUCUGAAAUCCAACACAGGGGGAACAAUAGGGGAAGGCAAGGCAAUCAUAAACAGAGAAGCAAUGUGCAACUCUUUCAAGUUACAGAAUUUGGAAAAAGAAGAAAACAGACUAUCAAAAAUUGCUUAACAGUAGGAACAAUAUUGGUCCAAAAUAAAUGUGAUGUUUGACACAUUGCUUGCCCUUGCAUGGUUGAUUUUUUUCCUCAACAAAAAGCUGAACUGGGGGACCUUGACAUUAUGGGCAGAGACCUUUAACCCUUUGCCCCCACCAGUUUCCCACUUGGAAUUGUUCACCCCCCCACACCUGCUAUUUGCAAUAGGAAGAAACCCCUCCUUGACACUGAUGGGAGUUUUCCUCCCAUUGCAAAAGACAGGCAUGGGAAACAGUCUGAUUUCAACCCCAGGCCAUGGUGUGGACAAAGGGUUAACACUCCUGUGCCUCCCUGACAUGGUCCGAAUUCAGCUCUCCCUCCCCAAGUUCCCUAUUUGUUAAAGAAAAAUGAACCUGGCAAAUGUUACAUCUAGUUUGGCUCCCCAAUUCUAAUGUUUCUGGGUAGAGGAGAAAUAAAAGCAAAUGUUUAAACAAAAGAGACAGUGCUUCCUACAAUUCCUUCUCUGCCUCCACAUUAAUUUCCCCCUUGUUUUGUACCGAUGUGCACGAUGACACCUGAAAAAAAUGGUCAGAGAAAGGGAAUCAGGCCCCGAAGAUGUCCAAUUUUGAAUCACACCUUUUCAAAAUGUUACCAGUGCAGCUAAUUUACAAACAGCAAACACACUAUUCGCCUUGGGAGGCACCAAGCUGCAGUGUUAAUGUUUGAAAGACGUGCCCUGUUUGCAAAACAAGGAAGGGGCAAUCCGUAGUCUCACCAAUCAAACAACAGAAAAACUAGGGGCUCUUUCCCUGGUAGCAGAGAAACAGCAAGGCUAGUCAAGAGCAAGGGGGAAGCUAACUGGCUUUGAGGCUCUGCGGUGUUAUGCUGAAAUUACAAAUAAAGUAGCACGAAAGCACAAUCAUGCAAAGGUAAUGUUGUGCAAAGAGAGAGAGGCAGAUUGUGUUAUAUAGAUCUGGGCAGCACCCUUUCAAAUCAUAGCAAACCACACUUCCCUCAACCUUAUGGUGCAAUUGGCUCGAAGCAGAAUCCACAAAUUUACUCUGGGGUUCUGGUCCCUAGCAACAAUUUGUAGGCAUGACAGCUGGUCAGGAAAUAGAAUAUAUGCUGCUGCUUCUUUUUUUACCUGAUGAAAAAUGUCGACCUUUUGUCUCUCUUCCUAUUCAAGGAAGACAUUUUAUUUUAAUCUUUUAGAAACUGGACGUUUUCCGGUUUCUGAUGUGCUGUGCACACUGUGUCCAUGGAAAUGAUGCACAGCCAAAUGUGCAGCAGAAUGGAAACAAAGCUCAUCAACAUUGGGUUCAAAAAUAGCCAAAAUAAUAGUUCUGAACUGUCAGGUUCUUGGGCGGGGGGGACUAAACACAGCAAUUAUUUAAAGAAAUGGGUUUAUUUAAGGGCACCAUUUGAAAUGCGUGAAGGUGGCUCCAAAUGUUCCAACGAAGGAUGGAAGUGCUAAUGUAAAAAGAAGAUAAUGGCAGCGGUUAAGUGGUUUGCAAAUAAAGAGUACAUGCAAAAUAGUGAUUUAUUGCAAUCUGUUGGUUUCCAGUAGCAAUCGGAGGGGGUUGGAGGGGAGCACUAAUUGGCACAAACAGUGAAUUACAAACUAAAUAUGCAAAUGACUGCUUUUUCUCCCACUGAAUAUACAGAUACAGGUGCAGGAGUUCCAGGAUCGUGGCAACAGCUCCACGAGAGAAGUAGGGACAAUUACUAAAAGUAUAACUUCCUCCUUGACAUGCUCCCACUAGCCCAGUUUUUGUGUGAAUUGAUGAAGACUGGUUAGAUUCUACUAUUAGAGCAACAAAAGCUCAGUCUUCCUUUGCACCUGGCUGCUCAGUGCCAAAUUAGACGCUGCAUGUGUAAGUUUGUAACAAACUCCUAGUGGCCCUUUCAUAUCCACCCACCUGCAGAGAAUGCAGCUUUGUGAAGUAAUGAUGUGGUGUUGGGGCCAAUGGGUGCCUACCUCUUUCCUUGCCAGCCACCUCUCCACUCUACAUUGACCUCCAAGCUGCUUUAUCAUCUGUAGGAUUUCAAAGGGGUAUUUGCCCCUGCAAAUAUGCAUUGGGAGCCUUAUGGUAGGAUCACAAAAAAAAAAAUCUGCUUUAUAUAUUCAGACCAUUGAUCCAUCUAGUUCAGUAUUGUCCACAUUGGAAACAGUUCUUCAAUAUUUCAGAGAGUUGUGAGCAGGGCUGGGCAGCCCAUAAGGUGGCCUGAGGCAGCUGCCCUGGUGGCAGAAUCUGCCCCACAGAUGCCCCAUCUGCCCCUGCUGCCGCUGGAGAAGUGAGGAGAAGAGGCAGCAGCUUCUGGUGAGAUCUCGUGAGAUCUUGUGGAACUCUCAUGAGAAUUUGCCGGAAGCCACCACCAUGCAAUCCUGGUAAGAAAGGCUUUGAUGGGGGAGGAGGGGGAGUGCCUCAGGUGGUGAAAUGGGAUGGGUCUCCCCUGUAGUGGGGGAUUUAAUGUGGGAUAGUUCCAUGUAGGCAGCUUGCUAUAACAGAAACUGACUGCAGGCUGAGAUUUUUUAGGCCUUUGACUCCGGACUGCUUCUCCUAGGCUCUGCCCCUAUGUGGAGAACUUCAAGUUCUUAAAGGCUGAACCCUCUGGCUUGAAGAAAGGUGCUUCUCUUCCAUUCUGUGCCCUCCUGUCUGAUGUGUGCCCUGCACUGCUGGACCAGUGAGGUAGUGUGGGAGGCAUUUGGUUCCUCAGGCUCAUGGGAGGGUGCCCUUGAGGAUUCUGGCUCUGGUUCUACAAGCCCUGGUGUAAUGAAAGGUUCUUCUGGGGACUUCUAGUGGUCUCCUGAUGUUGAGCAGUCUAUUUAGAACCCUGCUCCUUGAUCUAGCUCCUUAGCUGGUGCCUCUGCAACCUCCAGUUCUAUGUCUGAAUUGUUGCUGGAUUCAGGGAUCAUAACACCUUGUGCAUCUGUAGCCAUGCAGUUGUUAUGACACAAUUUCCUUUAUUGUUCUGCAUUUGAACAUGUGAUCUGGACCAGUAUGUAUAUUGGGAUGGAAAGCCUGUGGUCCUCUAAAUAUUGUUGGACACCAACUCCCGUUAUCCCCAACUAAUGACCAUGCUGACUGGGGCAGAUGAGAGUUAGAGGUCUGCAACAUCUGAAGGGCCACAGCCUCCCUAUUUCUGAUCUAGAUAGAACAUGAUCCAGGAAUAGAACUGAAACCCACCUCAUCCAUGUUAAAGGUGUAAUUACAUCAGAUACUUCUCAGGUUUGUGCUCUUGUGUGCAGUCAAAAAUGUGCAUUGUGCACAAUGUGGUGCAACAUUUCUUGCACUAGCUUUUCAACUUUUCAUGUGAGUACUGCAGCACAUCCUGGGAGACCCUGUAGCACCUGAGCAGGUGUGAGAUCAAGAUUCCUGGGUGCAAUGAAAAUUUUGGAUUUUUGAUGUACUAAAUUAAAGUACUCCCCCAAAACUCCACAGAGGAAUGUCAUAUAAAUGGCACCAUGCUCAGUUCUUUUUCAACUUCCAUGCCCUAAUACAUCUGGGUAAUAAAUGCACCAGAAGAAUUAGUUUUUAGGUGCUGUACAAUAUUGGUUUCAGAUCCUGCACAAUUUUAUUAGUACAUAAAGGCUUGGUUUAGAAUUAAAUCUGACCCAAGAGCAGUACUUGAAUAAUGCCAAAAGCACUUUUAAAAAAAUUAAUUAAAUCUCAGGAUAAAAAUGAGCAAAGCUUCUAAGUACUUGGACCAUGCUUCAUUAAAUUUGUUCAACAAAGAGCAUUUAAUAAUUAAAAGGCUCUUGAAUGUUUACAUAAAUCCUCCUUGUGAUGUGGUAUUGCUGUCCAGUCAAGUCGAAAACUGGUUUACAGCAGCCCCUUAAAGUCAGGCUCCCAUAGAGUGAGAGUGACAAACCAUGUUCUUAGCUCUGUACAACCUAUCAAGGUUUAUUAAGGAGCUCAGCGCACCAAUGGGAAUUGACCAGAUGAGCUUAUUAGGUCUUUUAUAAGAUUAGGGACUGUGACACAGCUGUCUGAUUCUUCUCUUCCCCUCUGUGAAGCUUAUGGAGGAAAAGAAAAAGGGGGGAAUUACAAUAAUACUAAUAGGAAAAGCAAUAUGUUUCUCUGCCAAGAGCUUUCUCAUCAGGGGACAAAUGGUAAGGAGGAAAGAUGCAAAACCCUCAUGCACAUUCCCGUACUUGAAUGACUAGAUUUCUGAAACACAGCUAUAAAUUUACAGCAUAGCUAGCAAUAUUGAACAGCAAUUUAAAACUCCUGGAGAUUUGGUUAUAAAUGCAGUAGGUUAUUUCCUUAUAACAAGCCAGUGGUGUUGGUCAACUGUUUUAAAAGCUUUCUGUCAAUACCCCUGGGUUUUGAUGUUAUCUGGUAGCUAGAGAAGAAAACACAACCAAGGUCUCCCCAAGUCCUUGUUUCAGCUCAGGACAAUGCAUCAGUUCACAUGAAACACAAUUUCAUAAUUCCAUUGAUGAUGAUGAAGAAGAAGAAGAAGAAGAAGAAGAAGACGAAGAAGAAGAAAGUCAGCAUUGUGAUGUGCCAGCGAGCACAGGUCAGCUUUCUCAAAUGGAUCUUGAGAUGCUGCCCACAGGUGUUGGGAAUAAUGGCACCAAGAAGCAAGAAGAGGUAACACAGGAGCACACAAGCCCCACGCUCACAGAAGUGGAAAUGGCUGUGUGUGAAUCCACUUGGCAUGUGAGCAAAGAAGUCUGUGAAGGUUGUCUGGGUUGUGUUCCAGCACUUUGCAUCUUGAGUCAUCCAGUUGCCAUUUCCCGAGGAGCAUGAAUUUGAAUGCUACACAAACAGUGCACUCCUGUGUGUGUGUGUAUACUCAGAAGUAAGCCCCCGUUGAGUUUAAUGUGGUUUAUUAUUGAGUGGCUAUAGGACUGCAGCUUUAGGCUCUCAAACCAUUAGAAGAAGUCCAGAGUCAAUUCCCCUGCCUAUACAGUUGCUCUGAUGACUUACUUUCUGGAAUAUGAAUGGCCACUGAGAAAAGAGGUGGGUUUUUUAUUAGGCAAAAGAUGUAGUUCCAGAUACACUUUACUGCAUCACAUUCCUGCUUCAUUAUCUCAAUUCUAGCAAGCAAAGUCCUAAGCAAUAUAAUAGCAGUUUCAGAUGGUGUGCAGUUUUGCCUGUAAAUUGCAGAUUUAUGAACGUUUUUCAGCUGACUUGCUGAAUAACUAAUAAGUGCUUAUUAAUCAUCAGCCAUCAGAUCAUAUUUUGCUCUCCCUAUAUACUGCUUUCCAUGUUCUAAACAGGGAACCAGCUUUCUAUUUCAGCUUUUAGAGCAAGGGUAGGGGACCUGCAGCCCCGCCCCCCAAACAUUUUUGAAUUCCAGCUCCAUCAUCCCUGCCCACUGGCCACACUGGCUAGGGUUGAAGGAAUUUAGAGUUCCACAUGAGAAGAGCCACAGGUUCCCCAUUCCUGCUUAAGAGCCCGGGUUACCAAACACUUCUUUGUUGUAUUAUGCUGCGUUACAUGGCUAUUCUGACUAACAUAUUUAACAGAGGAGGGGUGGUAAUAUUUUUAAGUGCUUUCCAUUUUGUUCUUACCGGGUGUUAUAUUUCAGCUUGCUGUGCCUUGUCCCUAAAUUAUGUGUGAUGAAGAGUGAGAUAGAAAUCCCAUAAAUAAAAACAAAAUAAUCUGGUAUUUGGCCCAGUGUUGCCAAACUAUAACUCUUACCAAACCUGGCUAUUGGUCAUGCUUGCUGGGGCUGGUGGAAGUUGUAGUAGAGUGGCAUCGGGAUGUUCAAAGGUUUCACAUUCCUGGUGUAGAGGACUGGAAAACCUAUAGUGGGACACAUGGACAUCACUUUUGUGCAAGAUUCUUUGCAGCUCUGGCUGGUUAAGCUGCCACAAUCAUGUCCAUCCGACCUCGCCAGAGAGUGCCGCUCAGCCUUAACUGUGACCAUAAUUUCUGGCAUGUAGAUUCUCAUGGUGGAAAAGGCCACACAAACCUGGAUUGGAAAGUCACAUGUGGUAUCUGGCAAGUCUAUGGCCAAUCACAUAUAUUUUUAUUUUAUUUUUUGUCAUGCUUUAGGAUGGUUCCAAGAAAGGUGGUGGUAACUCUUCUGUUCCUCUACAUGGUAGCCAUGCUGGCUAAACAGAGUGAAGGGUAUCUCGCCUUCUACACUCCUGAUGACUUCAGAAAAAUGCAGGUUGGUAUCUGGAAAACAGUGUGCCAGUGCUCAGGAAAUGCCACAACUCAAUGUUAACAUGCAUGAUUUGUAUACAAAAGGUCCCAGGUUCAGUCUUGGGCAUCUCCAGACAGGGCUGGAAUUAAGUUCCUGUCUGAAUCAUCAGAGAGCUACUGCCAGUCUACUGAAUUUCGUAUGUUCCUAUGACAGAAUUAGAAAGAGUACCAGGAAGUCUUAUAUGCUCACCAUUCUGCAACAGUUUCUCCACCUCCUGCUUGGCAUGAUCCAUGGUGAUGUCCACCACCAAUGGAAAUUCUGGCCCAAGCCCACAGUAGUUCAAUAAGCCCAGGAACAGACAGAAAAUUAAGGCAAGGUCAGGACCCUGGAUAAGGGUGAAGCUGCUGAUUCAGAACCAUGGACAGAAAAUGCAAGCUGUCUCAGCAGUGUUUUAGAACAGCUGGCAAAGUUCUACAGUCUGACCCACAUAGUCCAUGAGUGCCAGAUCUUGCCAGUUAAAACGCCAGUGCCUUUUGCUGCAGCUGUUGGCUUUUUCUAGACAGUGGGGUUUCAAGCUCUGGGGACUGCUUUGGAGAAACCUCAUCGAGGCUCUCCUGACCCUCAGAAGAGCCUGUGAUCCAGUAAUCAGAGUAAUGUAGCAGUGAUAUCUUCUCGGGGUUCAAGGAAUGAGAUGUGGACCCCAGUGCCAUCGGACCAUGGAGUGGAACAAGCUUCUCCUUGGAAAUGAUGUUGUAGGAAGUCUUUGCAUCUGAAGAAUUUUGGUUCAGGGCAGUGACACUGCUCAAGCAGUGAGCUUUAGCCAGAUUUUGUUGACAGUGAUGCUGUGACCAGUUGCUAUUGCCUGUCACCAUUGUUAUAUUCAUUUGAAAUGGCAACAUAGCCAACUUGGUUCUCAUACAGUGACCCACCCCAAAGUGCCAUUCUUAAUAUCUCUUGUCGUUUGGCCCUAGGAGAAAGAGAGGAACCGAGCACAGAAGAAAUCUCUGACUUUGCAGCAGCAAUCAGACACAGGAGAUUUUCCUGAGCUGUCAGAAGAUGAAGGACAGAUCAUCAAGGUAAAUUGUGCUCCAAAUUAUGCGAACCAUUACACUGAUGACACCCAGCUCUAUUUCUCUUUUGCACCUUAAUUAUGAGAGGCCGUGACUUUUUUAAAACAGUACCUAGAUGCAGUGGUGGGCUGGAUGAGAUUGAAUCCUGGUAAGACAGAGACUAUAUGAGUGAGUCUGUGGACUACAACUGGGAUUGGACCGGAAGCUACAGAUGGUGCAGAAUGCUGCAGCCAAGUUGCUGAAUGAAGCACAUAGAUGUGCACAAAUGAUACCUGUGCUUGGGGGGGGGGGGUCCAAACUUAGUUGAAUACCAUUCAUGAACUUUUUGUCCUGGCUUUCCCUGAACCAUAAGGUUAUACUCUGUUUUAUGUGAUUCAAUUCCCUUUAUUUUUGCGUUAUUUGCUUUUCUGUGGUUUUAGGCUGCUACGUUUUAAUGAUACUGCUUGUUUCUUGUAUUGUAUACCACUUAGAGAUUUUAAAAGUAUUAAGUGGCUUACAAAUGCUUUCAAACAAACAAACAAGACAGGUACAGGCAGGUAGUUCUUCUAACAUAUGAGACAAAGCAUCACACUGAUUAGCAGGUAAAAUAAUGAUGAAGAGGCAAGCUUAUUUCAAUUCUCAUUGGGCAGAAUCUCUGCUUUCAUUGGUAAAAAUUCACUGUUGUCCUCACUUCUCUGUAACGUUUUAUUAUUAAUUUGUAUCAUCCAUCCAACGUCUUGCAAGAUUGCAAGAUUCCAAGGGAAUCUGUGGGACAAUCUAUCAAUUUCAUACAAAUGCUAUUAUUACAACAAACUGUUAUAAGAAUUUUAAGGUCAUAUAUUUAAAAAAUGUUCAUAAGGGAAAAGGAGCUUGUUUUUUUACUUAUAUCAAAACUAUCACUUAGUCCCUAGAAUGGCACUAGAGCUGAAUGAAAGAGAAAAUAUCAAAAAUCACUAGUAAAAUAUGACUGUUAUUUUCCUCUUAUUUGAAUGAAGUUGACUCAUUCCCUUAAACAAUCUAAAUGAAAGUAGGAAAAUGGCUUGAGAACAGUCUGAAAUACCGGUUUAUAUUUGUUGAAAUGUUGUGCCUACAUAAAAGGUGUGUGCUCUAAUGUGUUGUAUACAGCUGAAAUCCUAACAGGAUGUGAUACAGUCAAGUCAACUAAUCACACAUACAAAUUGGCCUUUUUAAGAAUUACAAAGCUACAAAGGCUUCAGGAGCUGUCCUGCCUAGCUACUAUUGUGAAUUACAACUUGGUUUAGGAAAUUGUCUCCCCCAACCACCAGCUUACUGAUUAACUGCAACACUUGCUUCAGAUCUACAGUUUAUGCAUCUCUCAUCUACUUCAUUGUUUAGUCUCCUUUAUAAUCUUUAAUAUAUUUUAUGUUCAUAUUGUGAUGUGAAGUUUCCACUAACUCUUCCAGAAGCAACACUAUGUUAAUGGCAAACCUCAAAAAUGUAGACAGGUGUCUUGAGCUUCAAGGCCAAAUUUACCUCCACAUCCCUCUCACUGAUCUUACUGCAAGCAAAGGUGUUCUGAAAAUGGAAAUGGCUGUGGCUCAGGAGUAGAACAAAAAGUUCCAGGUUUAAUCCUUGAUGUUUUCAGGCGGGGCUGGGAGAAACCCCUGCCUAAAGCCAUGAAGAGAUGCUUUCAGCCAGUGUGGACAAUACCAAAUUGAUGGACCAGUGGUCUAACGCAGGAUAUUGUGGCUUCCCAUGUCCCUAAAGUAUAGGUACUACCCUCUGUUCAGUAUUGGCAUGCCUCAGUAAAUGAAGACUUAUUUGUAGCUAAGUAAUUUUAUAAAUUAAGCUUGUCCAACCACUCAAGACCUGUGAUCAAGUUCCCAUCCAUCUCAAAUUUACCACACCAAAAUCUUCAUUAUUCUAAUCCAUUUAGCUGGAUUGCCUAUUGGAAGUGCUUUAAAAUCAUGAAACUGGGUAGCGUUUGGGAGUUUAUAUUAUUUAAGUUUGCUCCCAGAAGUCUUAUCCUGCAGUUCUGUAUUUCAGGAAUUUGUCUGCAUCCAUGCAGACCGGAUAUUUCCUUAUGUGACAUUCUUGACAUAUUUUAAUUUAAGGCCUAUGGUUCAACCACAAUCCAGAUCAGAGUUCCACUGAUUUCACAUGGUGCUGCUCAUGGUGUACUGGACUGCAGCGUUCAGCUUUUAAAAACUUGAUAAAUUGUCAAGACUUACAAGAUGAGAAACAACUGGCAUUGGCUUUUGCAACCUCCCUUUCAACGAGCGACUUAACCCUGCUCCACAGGUCACAAAGUCAAAUGCUAAAAUACUGGAUCAGGAAAUACCUUCAAGCAAUAACAAAUGAUCCAACACUAAUGAUUCCUUCAGCGUGUGUGAGGCAGAAAGUUGUGGAAACAUUGCUUUUUCUUUGCAUGUUAACCCUACUUUUCUUCACAGCUGAUUGCUCCAGUAGAAAUAGGAAUACAUCUGUCCAAACAGCUGGAAAAAUAUCAAGAUGUCCUGAAGGAACUCCUAACAGAGAUGUUACCCGAUACUCAGAAUGGUACGAUAUUAUCUGUCUCUCCCUUUCCUUGGAAGUCCUCGGCACAGAAAUUCCAGGAAUAGCUUUUGUGUCGUGUUGACUCGUUUUUAGAAAACUCCUGACCAAAGAUCAUAAAUCCUUCUUCUAUCAGCAGUGAUUGCAGUCAAGAAAAAGUACACCCCAGCGACAUUUUUCAUUGGCACAAUGCUUCUCCACUUAGGGCUCAUCCACGUGGCCUUUUGUCCUACUGCUUUCCUCCAGGGAAAACCACUCCUUUGGCACUCAAUCAGAGCAAACAGCAAUAUGGGUAUCCACUCGAUUGACAUUUGCUCCAAUUUAGCACUAAAGAUCAGGUUUUCCUUGAGUAAAGGAGUGAGGCAAGGGGGAAACCACUCAGACCCAUGCCUAGGUAAAAGGUAAGGUAGAGGACCCCUGGAUGGUUAAGUCCAGUCAAAGGCGACUAUGGGGUUGCAGCGCUCAUCUCGUUUUCUGGCCAGGGGAGCCAGUGUAUGUCCACAGACAGUUUUCCGGGUCAUGUGGCCAGCAUGACUAAACCGCUACUGGAGGACCAUGACAAGUGCCAGAGAGCAUGGAAACACCGUUUACCUUCCCGCCACAGUGGUAUCUACUUGCACUAGUAUGCUUUCAAACUGCUAGGUUGGCAGGAGCUGGGACAGAGCAAUGGGAGCUCACCCCGUCAUGGGCAUUCAAACCGGGGAUUCAGCAAGCCCAAGAGACUAAGUGGUUUAGACCACAGUGCCACCUGCGUCAGGUUUUCCUUGGGUAAAGGAGCGAAGCAAGGGGGAAACCACUCAGAUCCAUGCCUAGAAAGUAUGGGUCAAGCAAAAAAAAACCUGCUUGACCUGUGGCAAUACAUCAGCUACUGGAAAAUCGUAUAUGUGACCAAAAAAAAACCCCACCCUACCAUUGUUCUGUGCCCAUUUUUAUCAACUGUUGAGUUGCUCUCCUAUAUUGCACUUCUGUGGCAAACCUGGAGUUUUGUGUGAUUAUGAUACGCAAUGAAUCAAGGGCUUCAGACUGGACUAUGCAUUAUUUUCAUGUGAGCUAUUCCUGUUUCUCUCUGGAACUGAUAAUAGACUUGGAAAUGAAUUACACUGUGGGCUUGUAAAAAGAUAUUGCUGUUAAUAACUCUUUAGGAUUGCUUAUCUUUCAGCCUUGAAAUCAAAGGGAGUUUAUGUACAUGAGCUUGGGCACGAUCAGAGAGCCUCAUCUCGCUGAAAAGUUCCAAGCUAUGCAAAGCGAAAAUGGGGAAUUAAAAUACUAGUCCCAGGAUUCUACUGAAUAGCUAAAGACAUUUGGAUAGGAUGUGACAAAAUAUUCAAAUUACCUCUGCAUCCGUAACUGGAGCCAGGUACUCAAAGACAUGUGCCAACUUAGCUCUUUUGAAAAUUUAAUUAAAAUCUCAGAAUAUCGUAAUCAGAACUGCCAAUAGCCUAAUAGAGUAGGAUUGUAGUCUGUCCUACACAUGUGGGUGAGCAGGGCUUACUACUGCUGUUUGAAAAGGCAGAACAGUUUAACAUCAUAGACAUGUUUAGCCAUUCCCCCAGAAAUGCAACAUCUUAAAACACACAUGCAACUCCCCACCCCCAUGUCUCUGCACAUGUUCCUCUUUAGACCGCCAGGCAAUUAACACAAAGGUCUGUAGAGGGUUUCAAAGUGCAUUUAGUUGAACACACUAAGAAACCUCCCUACCCUCAAGAACACUAUCUACAGUUUAUGACCUCAUUUGUUCCAGCAAACCUCUGAAUAACACCAUGUAAUUAUCACAGAGAAUUGUUACGAUAAUCUACUUAGUUUCAAACCAUUUUUAUUGUUGAAACCACCUUUUGUUUCUUCAUUUGAUGGAUUAAGAAAAUCCAAAUUUGAUCUUGUACAGUAUCGAUUCACAAACUUACAUUGUUGUUUCUGUCUCCUCUCUUUAUAGUUAAUUGAUGUUCUCGGAAUGAGAAGACAAGAGCAAAAGACUAAACUGCAAAUUUGCAAGAUUCCACUUAACAGAAAGGCUGUCAGGAGUUGGGGG